GCAGCAGCAGGCGAAGCGAAAGAAGAAGAGUUUUCUAGCCAUUCGUUUUAAAAUGGUGUUCUGACUCGGUAACAUCUGUGCAGUUAUUCAUCGCCAGCUUAUCAUAAUGAAGCCUCCAUCACGUCACCGGAUCUUGCCGGCUCGUUUAUUAGAUAUAAAGAAAACUGAACCAGUGAGAAGGUUUCGCCCUAGGUGUCAUCGCCUGGAACAGAGGAACCUUCUGCUUGCCCUGAAACAACAGAAAGGAAUAAAUAAAGAAUUGGAUUAUUUGGAACUUCAGAAGAAAAUUCCCAAAUGGUCUGUGCUUCAGAUUCAGAAUGUAAUAAAGUACUUGAGGAGGGGUGUGGUGCAUCGGGUGUAUCUUCAGGUCCAAAAAGAGAGACAAGAGGAACGAAAAACCAAAAAACCAACGGAAAUAUGGGCAGAACUAGCACACAGAAUGGCUGGUGUCCAUGAGGAAACAAUAUCUUUUGCAUUUUCUCAAAUGCUGGUAAUUGCUGCUACAGAGCCCUGCAGUCUCUGCCAUUCAGACCCUCCACGUACUGCUGACUCUCACAUUCCUCUAGCCAGCGGCAUGCGCACUAUUCCCCAGAGGUUGAUGCCGAAAUUCCAGCCUAACUUAUCUGGACAAGCCUGUAAAACCCCUCAGUUACAUGGGAAGGAUGCAGCUGGCAGCUCCUCUGCCCAAACCACCACAGUAACAUCUCCACCUGCUGUUGCUGAAGGGGAGUGUAGUGAGUUACAAAAAACUGAGGCACACAAAGACCCUGCUUUGCCAUCCAUAUCAGCCUCCCCUGAAUCACCCCUGAUUCAACCUGCCUCAAAACCAGCACUUUCACCAGCGUCUGCUUCGAGUGCUGUGUCUACUCCUGCACUGUCGCACACAUCAGACACUGAUCACCCAGAUAAGCAAUCAGAAAGUGGACAGUCUGAGAAAGCCUGGCAGUAUACACCGUUGGGGGGGAAGAGUGUGGUAGAUUUUGAGAAGAUUUACCAAUUUAUGGCCAACAUCGUUCUUGAAAAACACACUCAGCCUCUUACUGCUAUGGAAAGUGCAGUACUUCUGGACCUGUUGAUGUCUUUGCCUGAAGAGCUGCCCUUGCUGGACUGUAAGGAACUACAGCAUCAUCUGCUUCAAGUUUACACCCCUCUGAACACACCUGCAGUGAGCCUUGGCACAGAUCAGGGACCUGCAGUUGCCAGUUAUGUUGUAACUAACGUAACAGAACAGCAAACCUCCAGAGCUGGUCAGCAUACUGAAGGAUCUGGUGUUUCUGUAAAAACACAGUGUGCGCAGUCUAUAGAGCAGGAACCUGUUAAAAAGGGAACAGUAACUGAGCAAGUCACAGCUGGAGAUUUUCCAGGCCAAUCACCUGCAGUAAACUUAUUAAAGGGUGAAGGGGAUUGGGCCACUGUUGGUCUGUGCCCACUAAAUCCAUUCAUAGUGCCAAUAGCCCUCCUGAAAAGGCAAGAACCCAAGCAGAGUAAAACAAGCAGCUCUACUUUAAUUCAAAACCAGUGAUAUUUAAGAUGUGUAUUAUAAUUAUUAAAUUUAAUUUAGAAAUAACAGAAAACUGGUAGUGUUUCAUUAUUUCUAAGUGCUUAAAAUGAGAAAUAAGUUAUUAGUGCAAUAUUCUUCACAAAAUUCAACAAUGAAGCUUGUUAGUACAUGUGUUUGAAACCUUUUUAUACGUUUCUAAUACAUUUGUGUUUCUGGAUUCUUUUUUUUGUUGUUGUUGUAUUUUUUUGUUACCAAAGAAUACUUUUUUGAACUAUUCUUUUAAAAAUAAAUAUCUGUUUUUAUUUAAUUAUUCCAGUUAGAAUUUAAGAAAUAUGUAGAUCAGACAAGUGUGGCUCAUGUGUCAAGUAGUAAAAAACUUUAAUUGUUUUGCUUAGUCUCCAGUAUAUCUGAGUAGUGUCUGCUUCAUUGACCAUAAAACAGUGUAAAUUGUUUGUAAACAAUGUAGUGUUGACUCGUCUUUGUCUAAACCCCAGUUAAAACUAAAACUGUACUUGUCAUGUACAGUUUUCAUUUAUAUCAGAGAUUUUUUCCCAUGCUUUUCGUGAAUUAGACUUGCGGAGAAGUAAUAGUCCAGAGUUGCUUACAUAACCAGUCUGUCAUUAUGCUUUACUGCUGUGUGGCUGCUUGAUUACAUUCUAUAAAGCUAUACUCAUUUUAUAAGGUGUGAUUUUGCAACUGUGCAUAAAAUAUUUUACUUCCUUUAAAAUCAUUCUUGCCCAAUACUCAGCAGUUAAUUGCUGCUAGAUUUCGCAAGGUUAUAAGAUAUAAAGUUUUUUAUGAAUA